AUUAACGUACCUCAAAGCUGUUAGGACGUUGGACGGAUUUUUUAUUGUACUUUGCAGAGGAGUUCCAUUGACUGUUAUUACGAAACAAUAAGAAAGAAACCAAGCAAGUAAAUUGCCUUUCAACAGAUCGCAGGCAACAUGGAUGAGGUUGAGGAAGGCGUUCCGUCCUAUCAGUGCAAGACUUCAAUACCAUCUACUUUUGGGACACAUCCGAGUCGACUCGUUUCGGGUUCUGCCGCUUACCCUACUGUUGACAGGCCGAAUUAUCUUUCCUCCGAGCCCAUAAAGCAAUGCCAACCUUUGUCGGGCUCUGUUGCGUCAGCUAACGUGGGCUAUGGCUGUCACAUUGGAAAUACUUGCUGUAGUUGUAAAAUAGCGCACGGUGUCGGAAUUCAGCAUAACACAAUGAGGACUUCUGCUCAUGGAUAUUCAGUGGAGAAUUACGUGGAUAUUUCUGGUUUUAGUAACACAAAUGUACACUGCAGUGAAACACAGUCAAGGUCACGGGAAUACACUUUUUAUCAAGGGUACGGUAGUUCUUACUCGAGAAUUCCUGGUUACAUUGACGUAUCAAUGAUGCAAGCAAGAACGGGUCCCAGCGAACGAAAAAAUGAAGGUGUUGUACAAAUGGAGGGAUAUAAACCUUGGACUUUACCUCACGGGUGGAACUGGACUGGCAAGGAGCAAACACAUAUGUCACAAAUCUGGAAGCCAUCACACCCAGGCGAGAUUGUCCUAAAUCAACAAGAUGCCACUGCUUAUCGACCUGGGAGAAAGAAACGAGUGCCUUAUACGAAGCUUCAGCUGAAAGAACUUGAAAGAGAGUACACUAUUAACAAAUUCAUUACCAAGGACAAAAGGCGAAAGAUAUCUGCGUCCACCACAUUGACCGAGAGGCAGGUCACGAUCUGGUUUCAGAACAGAAGAGUGAAAGACAAGAAGGUCUUGGCAAAAAGUAGAAACUUUAUUUCCUGAAAGAAUUUGUAAAAACUCCAACCGCUUAGGUUUUAGGUCUUCUAAAAGCAUUGCUAAAUGGCAAGCUAGAGAGUGUUGCUAAAAAGACAUUUAUUUCUUUUCGCCGCGUAUACGUGAUGUAUGUUUUAACAGACGUUUACAUUUAACUUUGAGAAUGCUAAGUCAAUUUGUAGGUUUUGUUUCUGUUUAACGUGUCAAUUCGUAAGCGAACAAUUAAGCUUUAUUAAUACUAGAAGUACGAGUUUGGUAUAGCAGGAUGCGUGCUGCAGUACAAGUACCAC